AAACAGGGUUGAAUUUCGCACCAUUUCAUUAAUCAGGUUUCGUAAAAAGUCCACAAUCGUAAGCGUCUCUCAACUGUACGCAUUUAUGUAUUGACAUCUUCUGACCUUUACUUCUACAGUAUCAAUACUUGCUAUAGCACACUAUAAAUAGUCGAUGCCCGUUACCAAAGUUAAUCAAACCAAACAAUUACCAGUCCCGCUUCCUCUAUUCUAUACACACUUUAUUGGGGAAAGAUGGGGAAGUUUUCCAAGCUUGUUGGGUUGUUUGCUGUGAUGUUUGUAGUGGUGCUAGCAAUAGCUGAGUGUCGCAAACUUGAGAAAGAAACAUUCACUGACGGCGGUUUGGGUGGUGGUGCUGGCGGAGGUGCUGGCGGGGGAUUCGGUGGGGGUGUUGGAGGCGGAGGCGGUGCAGGUGGUGGAAUUGGAGGUGGCAAAGGUGGUGGUGUAGGAGGUGGUGCCGGUGGUGGUGCCGGAGGUGGAGUUGGUGGUGGUGCUGGUGGGGGCUUUGGUGGUGGCAAAGGCGGCGGUGUAGGAGGUGGCAAAGGUGGCGGUGUAGGAGGUGGUGCCGGGGGUGGUGCCGGAGGUGGAGUUGGUGGUGGUGGUGGUGCUGGUGGGGGCUUUGGUGGUGGCAAAGGCGGCGGUGUAGGAGGUGGCAAAGGCGGCGGUGUAGGAGGUGCAUCCGGGGGUGGUGUAGGAGGCGGAGUUGGUGGUGGAAGUGGAGGUGGUGUUGGUGGAGGAGCAGGCGGUGGUGUAGGUGGAGGUGCCGGAGGAGGCCAUGGCAAAGGCGGCGGUGUAGGAGGCGGAGUUGGUGGUGGAAGUGGAGGUGGUGUUGGUGGAGGAGCAGGCGGUGGUGCUGGUGGCGGUGCGGGAGGAGGCUUUGGAGGUGGCAAAGGCGGUGGAGGUGGUGUUGGUGGUGGUGGUGGUGCAGGUGGAGGUGCUGGUGGAGGCUUUGGGGGUGGGAAAGGUGGUGGUGUUGGAGGAGGAGUUGGCGGCGGAGGUGGUGCCGGUGGUGGUGCUGGUGGAGGCUUUGGGGGUGGCAAAGGCGGAGGUGUAGGAGGAGGAGCUGGCGGCGGUGCUGGUGGUGGUGGAGGAAUUGGCGGUGGAUUUUAAAUCCCAAAUUCAGCUAUAGCCCUAGUUGGCAUGCAAAAGUCGUGUGUUAUAUGCUAUCCUGCAUGAAAAUGUAUUGCCCUUAAACUAUGUACAAUAAAUGAAGAGCUGUAACGUGCUUCACCAUUAGCUUUUAUUUACAUCUUC